GUUUCUGAAGGGCUUCAUGCACAUAAGGCUAAAGGAGAAGCAUUACUGACAACAAAGCUGGUAGGUCAGGCUUCUGACAGAAAUAAGGAGAUGAUCUGGUCUUGGUUAAUGAAGGAUGACGUCUCAAGUGUUGGCAUUUAUGGGAUGGGCGGUGUCGGAAAAACAUCACUGGUGACGCAUAUCCAUAAUCAGCUGCUACAAAGACCAAGUUCUUUCAAUUAUGUGUUUUGGGUUACUGUAUCACAAAAUUUCACCAUCAGUAAAUUGCAGUAUCUUAUUGCCAAAGCUAUUAAUUUAGACCUUUCAAAUGAAGAGGAUGAGAAGAAAAGAGCUGCAAAGUUGUCUAAAGCAUUAGUUGCCAAGGGAAAAUCUGUUCUCAUUCUAGAUGAUUUAUGGAAUCAUUUUCUGCUAGAAAUGGUGGGCAUACCUGUUGAAGUUAACGCGUGCAAGUUGAUUCUCACAAGUCGAUCGUUAGAAGUUUGUCGGCGGAUGGGUUGCCAAAAGAGCAUCAAAGUAGAACUUCUUACUAAAGAAGAAGCUUGGAAUUUGUUCGUGGAGAAACUUGGGCAGCGCCAUUAUGCUGAUCUUUCUCCUGAAGUCGCAGACAUAGCAAAAUCUGUUGCAGCAGAAUGCGCUUGUCUACCACUUGGGAUUAUAGCAAUGGCAGGAAGCAUGAGGGAAGUGAAUGACUUGUAUGAAUGGAGGAAUGCAUUGACAGAAUUGAAACGAUCAGAAGUUGGGGUAGAAGACAUGGAACCCGAGGUAUUCCAUAUUUUGAGAUUUAGUUAUAUUCACUUGAAUGACUCAGCAUUGCAACAGUGUCUCUUAUACUGUGCAUUUUUUCCAGAGGAUUUCACCGUAGAUAGAGAGGACUUGAUAGGUUAUUUGAUCGAUGAGGGAAUAAUUCAACCAAUGAAGAGCAGGCAGACAGAAUAUGAUAGAGGUCAGGCUAUGCUUAACAAACUUGAAAAUGCUUGCUUACUGGAAAGUUAUAUAAGCAAAGAUGACUACAGAUGUUUCAAGAUGCAUGACUUGAUUCGAGAUAUGGCUCUUCAGAAACUGAGGGAGAAAUCACCAAUCAUGGUUGAAGUUGAGGAGCAACUAAAAGAAUUACCAGAUGAGGAUGAGUGGAAAGUGGAUGUCAUGAGAGUUUCGUUAAUGAAAAAUCACCUCAAGGAAAUUCCCUCUGGCUGUUCACCAAUGUGUCCCAAGCUUUCAACAUUGUUUUUAUUCUCAAAUUUCAAGCUAGAAAUGAUUGCGGAUUCCUUUUUCAAACAUUUGCGAGGGCUCAAGGUUCUUGAUCUAUCAGCCACCGCUAUCCGGGAAUUGCCAAGUUCCUUCUCCGAUUUGGUGAAUCUCACUGCUUUAUAUCUCAGAAGGUGUCACAAUCUAAGAUAUAUACCAUCAUUAGCAAAGCUUAGCGAGUUGAGGAAAUUGGAUCUCCGCUAUACUGCACUUGAAGAACUGCCUCAAGGGAUGGAAAUGCUGUCCAAUCUCAGGUAUCUUAAUCUUUUUGGAAAUAGUCUUAAGGAGAUGCCUGCUGGUAUAUUACCUAAGCUCUCACAGCUACAAUUCCUUAACGUGAACCGGGCGUCCGGCAUUUUCAAGACGGUACGAGUAGAGGAAGUAGCAUGCUUGAAGAGGAUGGAAACUUUGAGAUACCAAUUCUGUGAUCUUGUUGACUUCAAGAAGUACCUCAAAUCUCCAGAAGUGAGGCAAUAUCUGACCACAUACUUCUUCACAAUAGGACAACUAGGUGUGGAUCCAGAUAUGGAUUCUUUACUUUAUAUGACACCAGAGGAAGUCUUUUAUAAAGAAGUUUUGGUUCAUGAUUGCCAAAUCGGUGAAAAAGGAAGGUUUCUUGAGCUCCCAGAAGAUGUUUCAUCUUUCUCAAUCGGAAGAUGUCACGACGCAAGGAGCUUAUGCGAUGUUUCUCCAUUUAAACAUGCAACUUCACUGAAGUCGUUGGGGAUGUGGGAAUGUGAUGGGAUAGAGUGCUUGGCUUCGAUGUCAGAAUCCUUAUAUUUGAAAGCCUCGAAUCGCUAUACCUUAAAAAUUUGAAGAAUUUUUGUGUCUUCAUUACAAGAGAAGGAGCUGCCCCACCAUCAUGGCAAUCUAAUGGUACCUUCUCUCAUCUUAAAAAAGUGACAAUAGGUGAAUGUCCAAGUAUGAAAAAUCUGUUCUCCCUUGACUUGUUGCCAAAUCUCACAAACUUGGAAGUGAUUGAAGUUGAUGACUGUGACCAAAUGGAGGAGAUAAUAGCAAUAGAGGAUGAAGAAGAAGGCAUGAUGGUUGAAGAUAGCAGCAGCAGCAGCCACUACGCUGUUACCACUCUCCCAAA